AUGUCUGUUGGUGACAGUUGUGUCACAAAGGGGAUAAGUAGCCACUCCGUGUGUGAAGAGAGGGCCACGGAGACAGAGGCCCCCAACCAGGCUGUGCUGAGCCACUUCUUCCUGGAGGGCCUCAUGUACACAGCUGAACAUCCUGGCCUCUUCUUCCUUCUCUUCUUCCUCAUCUACAGCAUUGCCUUGACUGGGAAUCUCCUCAUUCUCAUAACUGUGGGCUCUGAGCCUCACCUCUGCUCCCCUAUGUACCACUUCCUGGGGCAUCUCUCCUCCCUGGAUGCCUGUCUGUCCACAGUGACAGUGCCCAAGGUCAUGGCAGGUUUCUUGACGGUGCAUGGGAAGGUGAUCUCCUCUGAGGGCUGUGCGGUUCAGCUUUACUGCUUCCAUUUCCUGGCCAGCACUGAGCGCUUUCUAUACGCCCUCACGACCUACGACGGCUGCCUAGCUAUCUGCCAACCCCUACACUACCCAGGGGCCAUGAACAGACGGAUGUGUGCAGGGCUGGCUGGGAUCACUUGGGCCAUAGGUGGGCACUCUGCCGUCCACACCGCCCUCACCUUUUGCCUGCUCUACUGUGGUCCUCACCACAUCGCCCGCUUCUUCUGUGACAUGCCCCCCGUGCUGAAGCUGGCCUGCGGAGACACCACCAUCAGUGAGCUCGUCACGCUUGCCAACAUCGGCCUUGUGGCGGGGUGCCUUCCCUUCAUCAUCAUACCGGACAUCUUUAGUGUGGCGGCCGUGCUGCGGGUCCGCCCUGCCCAGGGCCGGCAGCGUGCCUUCUCCACCUGCACCUCCCACCUCACCGUGGUGCUGCUGAACUACAUGCCACCUGUAUGCAUCUACCUGCGGCCUCGCUCCGCGGGGGCAGGGGCUGGGGCCCCUGCUGUCUUCUACACAAUCGUCACCCCCACGCGCAACCCUUUCAUUUACACUCCGCAGAACGAGGAGGUCAAGCGGGGUCUGCAAAGACUUCUGCGCGGAGGCUGCCGAGAGUCUCCAGCCCACCCCCUGACCUGCGUCGUGACUCUUAAUGUGCCCGCCAAGAAAACGACUAGCCCCGGAGCAAAAUGAGGAGGGGAAAUCAUUCAAGUGAAAAUCAGCACCACUGAGUUUCAGCUUAGCCAUUGAACUUUCCCCCUCCCUUUGGCCAAGCGACAUUUAUCAGUGUCUCAGUCACAAACUCUUCAUCUAUAGAUGGAAAGAUUGCUUAGGUGAUGUCUAACCUCCAAAAUCUAGGUUCCAUGGCU